CGCGCAAACGCGUGUGUCUCCCUCAGUCAUGUGUUGAAAUCAAGAGGGGCACACCGAACCUAGCCGGAAUCUGAUCUCUUAAGCCCCUUGUGGUGGAUUUCAAUUUGACGCACUAAACGCAGUGGAGGUGCACGAUUGCGCGCUCGCACACACUCCCUGCCCGCUCCCGCAUGUGUGUGUGAGAGACUGCGUGCGCGUGUGCGCGCCUGAGCGUGUCUGCUCGCUGCAGCUCCGGCGUCGGGCAAACCUUCACUGCUGCACUUCAGCCAAUGUGGAACAGCGCGUCUGGCAAAGCUGCUGCAGCUGACCGGCUUCCAUGGCUCCCGUGUGCGCGCUCCUGAUGAGGGCACUGUUGAAGAAGCGGACAUGUCCCAUCGCCACGGGAGACUGACGGUCUCACUGCCUUCCUCUCCUCCGCUGAUGGUCCUUUUAGGGAGUUAUGGUCAGUAAGGAGGCAGGUCGGUGCACUCUGUCAAGCUCAGAGUCCGACUCGGAAUCCGGUGGUCCUUCGCUGGCAGGAGAUAGUGGGGGUCGCACGGACACGGUACGCAAGCGGAACAAAGCCCUGCAGGUGCGUUUCAAAGACAUCUGCGAGGCUCAAAAUGAGGCCGCCCAUCGAGAUGCACGGGAUCGUUCGGUUUCCUGCAAGGUCAUCCACAGACGGUACAUGACAAUGCCUGCACGCAGGUCCAUCCCCAACGUCACCAAAAGCACAGGUGUGCAGACCUCUCCGGACUUGAAGAAACGCUAUCAGACUUUUCCCUUUGAACGGAAAAAGGGUAACGUCAUCAAACACACCGCUCUGGUGGAAAACAACCCGGAUAAGAAUAACGGGUUUCUAGGUGGUGUGAAGGGUGGUGGGGAGCAGGUGAGGUGCGACGGAAGGGUGCAGCAGACCCGAGUGCUGCUCCAUAACACACCACAGUGCAGUACGGACUUAUGCGUAGAGCCGGACUGCUCCGAUGGAAAGCUCUGCCCCGAUCCGGCAUAUCAGGAUGGAGAUAAGGACACAGUUUUGGAUCAGUCGGACGCAAGGACUGGGGUUGGCAUCCCAGGGAGUGGGUCCCACUACAAAGGAUUAUCCAAAGGGAGAGAGGUUGAGGCGGGCCAGCAGUCCAACUGUGCCAAGGGUGCCUCCUCUACGGCAGAUCAACCUCUGCAGGUCAGAGGUGACUGUUCAAAGAUUUCCGGGCCUAUUGCGUGGACGUCUUUGACACAAGUGGAAUGCCUGGAGAGUCCCUCAGGAAGCUGCAAACGUAAAAAAGACGCUCCGCAGCUGAACGGCUUGCAAGCGCAGUCUCAGGCUUUGUCUCAUUCUGCCAGCUGUGCUUCCCAGGCCCACAUGCAGGCUCACUGUCACAGUACUCAGAACUUGGGUACCGCAGCGUCCCAGCAGGGCUCAGGGGGGCAGCUGAUUGCUCUCCCCGGGGCGGAUGGGAAUGUGAAAGCCAGGCUUCAAGCCAUGGAGGGUCUGAUCAGUUCCAGUCAAGAAACCAUCAAAGUGCUGUUGGGAGUGAUACAGGAGCUGGAAAGAGGAGAAGCACAGAGAGAGGGACUGUCAUAUCGAACUGGGCAAGAUACAGCCAACUGUGACACAUGUCGUAACAGUGCCUGCAUCAUAUACAGUGUGGAACUAGAUUUUAAACUUCAAGAGGAUAAAUUCCAGCCCUUAAUGAACAGACUGUGUCCUCUAGAAGAGCCGUCCUACCCCUCUCUGCCUUACACACAUGAGGUGUUUACCUCCACCCCCAAGCGCAAGUCCAAGAAACAUGCUCGCUGGAAACUCUGGUUCCUCUAAUGUACGGCAAGGAAUUUCUUUGAAUUUGGGAAUCCUGCCUUAUCAGACACAUCAGCGAGGAAUUGUGGCGAAUUGUGCUUUCCUAAAAGGAUAAAUAUGAGGAAACACUCACUGUUCUCCACUGUUUGGAACAUAGGCCAUGGGCACUAUUGAGCGAAUGGAUUUCAAAAAGGAAUAAUAAACUCUGAUAAACUCUAAGUUUGGGAACUGCUGACGUUCCUUGAUCUCACGUUUUCCAAAGGGAUUACACAUUUCUCCUUAGAUUUAGACAAGUUAGUAAGGUAAGAGAGCAGGGAUGCGGUAUGUUUGUGUAUGGCAUAAAUAUUCACGUAUGUUUAAGUCUCUAUCGUAUAUACAUUUAUCCCUUUUUUUUCUUUAGGGUCCCUGCAGAGGUGACACGAAAAAUCAAGGUUAAUGCUAGUUUGCCACAAAGAUACUUUGGAAGUAUCACAUCAAAUCAGCAAAGCACAAACUUUUGAGAAUUAUAAAGUAGAUUUGAUACCUGAGAUACCAAUACAGCUCUCUCUUUCUUCCUGCUUUCCCAGAUGUCUCCCUUACGGCCAUUUCUUCAAUUUUAUGUAGAGAGGGUUUAAAUGAAAAUUGAUUAUCAUUCUAUGACAGAAUAAAUCAGUUUAUUCCUAGCGAGUGAAUGCAGAAUUAUUUGACUGCAUGCACUAAUAAUCUAUGACUUUGUAGAAAUAUUUUUCUUGGAAAAUGUUGGGGAUGCACAAUUAGUUUGUCAGAAUUGGUUAGGAUGUAAAUGUAUGAAUGAAAAUUGGUUUACCUAGUUUGUGUCCUCGGAAAAGGAAAAAGCAAGGAAAAGAGAAAAAACGUUAAUUUAUGAAAAUACUAGCUGUGAUUGUCUUUAUUAUGAAGAUUUAUGUAUCAAAUAAUAUUCCACAAGCAUUUCUGUAAAACCAUUUUCUGUGACAACAGAGGUAUUUUUACAAGCUCACGGUGGGAAUUUAAGUGGAGCGAUUCAAUUCUGAAAUGUUUUAGUGAAUACAACAUUGUAUUUACAACCCGGUUGUGAAACCUACAAAUUCCAGCUCAAUUUUUCAUAAAGUUUAUUGUUUGGACUCAUACAGUAGAAAUGUUUAAUAAUAUGACUGUUUUGUCUGUAGAAUUGGACCACUCUGGUUAAACAGAAUGUGUUUAUUGCAGUGUUAUGCGGAAGACAUAAAACACAAGAAGAAAUAGGUCUAGACUAUAACUUACAACACACACCACUCUGUUCAUCUUGUCUUUUACUCAAUUAAAUUGUCAAUAUGAUGGCAGUCAAUCACUGAAAUCUUGUGCUUGUUUCCCCUCCUAAAGUAGUUAAAUGAUCACAACGACACAACAGUUGGGGAGUUUAAUAAUGCAGGUAACAUACAGAGGGCUAUGUAUAUUCAAAAUGUGCUUAGAAUUUAUUUAGCUUUUAACAGUCUUUGUAUUAGAUAUUCAGAAAUCAGCUUUCCUCAGUACACUCACUUUUACAACAGUGCCAAACACUGUAUUUAGCUAGUAUUCCAAGAAACUUCAUACUUUAAACUAAAGGUUAUUUUAAUAUCUAUAUAUUAUAUAAAUAAAUAAUAAUCUGUUUAAUUAAAAAAUACUUGGUCACCUCACAAUAUUGGUUCUAAUUCAAAGGUUUUGUUUAAUCGGAACACAUCUGAAUACAACUUAUUCUUGUAGCAUAAACACAGAUGCAUCGUUAUAUCUUGAGAAAGUGCAAUUGAUUUAUAUUGUGCAAUAUUACAUUUUAUACCGUUUCUAUCCACAGUGCAUUUCAAAUAAAGAAACAGAUGCAA